CGCGGACUGAAGCAACAGCUGCUGUGACUGCAGUAGAACAACUCAGUGAAAUAUUCAUCACUGUCAGCUCCACUUCUAAUUGCAGUUCCAGUCGGAGGUGCAGAUGGCAAAGAAAGACACUGUGUUGGAGUAACGGGGUUUAUCGCCUAUAGUUUAUUCCUCGUGUCAGUCAGACUCCGGUGCUCAUUAUGUUCCAGCAUCUGAAGGAUCCAGCAGUGAAUGGCAGCUGCCUCGGAACUUUGUCAGCCUGCAAUACGAGCGCUGAUGGUUACGCACUCCAACUGCCCACUUUCUCCACCGCAGCCAAAGUCAGAGUAAUCAUCACCUUCACUUUGUGCGCAGUGUCAGCUGUGUGCAACUUGGUCGUGCUGUGGGCUUCCUUUAACGGAGGCAAGCGCAAGUCGCACGUCAGGAUCCUGAUAAUGAACCUGACCGUUGCGGACCUGCUGGUGACUUUCAUCGUGAUGCCUGUGGAUGCGGUGUGGAACAUCACCGUACAGUGGCAGGCGGGAGAUUUCGCCUGCAGGCUGCUGAUGUUCAUGAAACUGGUGGCGAUGUACUCCUGCGCCUUUGUUACUGUUGUCAUUAGCUUGGAUAGACAGUCUGCCAUUCUCAAUCCUUUGGGCAUCAGUGAGGCGAAAAGGAAAAGCAAAAUCAUGUUGACUGUGGCCUGGACCAUGAGUGUAAUCCUCUCGCUCCCUCAGGUGUUUAUUUUUCACCAAGUGACCAUCACGGUUCCGGAGAAUUUCACCCAGUGCACCACCCAUGGCAGCUUUUUCCGGCACUGGCAGGAGACCCUCUACAACAUGUUCACCUUUGUGUGCCUCUUCCUCCUGCCUCUGAUCAUCAUGAUCUUCUGUUACACACGAAUCCUAAUUGAGAUAUCCAGCCGCAUGGCCCGAAAUAACUUGCUCUCUAGAGAUAUUCAUCUCCGCCGCUCCCACAACAACAUCCCUAAGGCUCGGAUGAGGACUCUUAAGAUGAGCAUCGUCAUCGUGACUUCAUUUAUCGUCUGCUGGACCCCCUACUACAUGUUAGGACUGUGGUAUUGGUUAUUUCCUGAGAAAAUGGAGAAAAUGGUUUCUCAUUCAAUGACUCAUAUGCUGUUUAUCUUUGGCCUCUUCAAUGCCUGUCUUGACCCAAUCACUUAUGGUCUCUUCACCAUUCAUCUUCACCAGGGUCUUAAAAGAUGUUGUCCCAAUUCCACCGCACGGACUGAAUUGGAAAACAACACUUGCCUCGUACAAAUGAAUCACCUAUCGUCUCAUAGGCAGAUAGUCUCUAGUAAUCACAAUACAGACACUGAAGGAAACAACAGCAUACAGAGUUACUCAAGGCCAAUCAUCCCGCUUAGCAAGAUCUAAUGGCUUGAAGAAUUGCAAUGAAAGUUUAGUCUUUCUCCAGAUACAGCCAGUUCAAUGAUGCUGCUUUGAAAAGAUGAAGCUCCUUUGCAAAAAAAUGUGUUUGUUUUUGGUGCAAUGAUGUGAUCAAUGGAGUAUUAUUGCUAUUAUUAUUGGUGCAUGAUGCCUUUUCUCCCUGUGAUUGGCUGAGGGUGACACUGUUCAUCACACAGAACAUCUUACACACUGCUGAUCCGAUUUUCCUAUGAAGCUUAAGGGCUUGUGGGGAAAAGAAAUCAGGCCCAAAUGAAGGCAAAACUGCUAGAAGUUCCUAUAAAUGGAUUUAAAAUGUCUUUCAACAAUAUUUUCUAGCAUCUUUCGGAUAAAGGUGUUUUAAAAAGAAAGACGUUGAUACACAGGUUGAAAGGCAGUCACACUCUGGGACACGAAAACAUGUGGGCUUUACUGGGUCGAUCUCAAAAUUGACUUUUUUCUGUUACAAAGAAAGAGCAGAAACAAAUACGUGUGCAUUUGGUCAUUUGCUGUCUGUUGUGUAGCUUAUGUUUACAUUUUUAUGUCCCACAUUCUUAUGUAUUAUAUUGGGAGUUUUUGCCACACAGUCAUCUGCUGCUAAUCAUUGCUCAUUGGAAACUAGUCUGAAAUGUCAUUUAUAAUGUUGUGUUUGCGAUAUAAAAGACUGUCAUUUUCUUUUAUUACAAAGCUUAUAAGAUGAACAUUAUCGACCACAAAGGCCUUUGAAAUAAAUGUUUAGUCAUACAAUUAUAUGUAUUCAAUGUACCUGUGCUAGAUAAGUGCUGUUGACCGUGUAAUUUGUCUAAGAUCAAUGCUGUGUUUGCUGUGUUGCAUAAAUCACAGUAGAGUCAAAACGCUAUGAAAUACGCUGAUAUUAUUGAUAAUGCCAUUUGUUAUACUUUAUAUUAGUAUCUGUGUUAAUAGUGUAUUAUAUUGUGAAUUGUAUUGCUUUGUGAGACCAAAAAAUACAGUUCAAAAACUGUCUAAUUUAAAUUAAAAAUAUUUAUAUUGUAA